GACGCCCUAUUUUGCUGCCCGACUGAAACGGGAAGAUUGGUUGUGAACAAUUUCAGGACAAAAAUUUGCUGUGGAGAACACUGUUUGGCUGCAGGUUUGUUUCAUAUUAGUUUAGCUUUUAAAAAAUGGUUCGCGGUUAGCGUUCAAUUAUUUGAGACAGUUUGUUAGUUAACGUUCUUUCUUUUACAUUGUAAUCGGUCAAUGGGGAAUUAAAUAACUUUUAGGCUCAUUUGGGGACACGCCUCGAACUGUAUCGCUAAUAUUAGCUAGCUAGGAGUUGAGCCUAGUUACCUAACGUUAGAUAAACGUUUGCGGUCCCCACCGUUGAGAAAAGGUCAGCUAACGUUAGCAAAUUGAUUGUGUUGCAAGCUAGCCUUAUCAGUCAUUCGUCAAACUAACGUUAAACUAAGGCCGUUUUUCAUAACGAUAUACAGUAGUUAUCUAACUACCAUGAAUUAGCUAGCUAGCGUGCUAACUUACCUAGCUACAUACAGCGCAUGUAACGUUACACAGAUGGUUGUAGUUGUUGGCUAACUAGCCGCUUCCAGGUUAGCCAAUGAUCAUAACUACCUGGCUAACGUUAACUAGCUAAUAUAGGUUCAGACAACUAACGUUACCUAAACAACUAAACCAAUAUAAUAGCUGACUUCUUGACGAAAAAAGAUGCGCUAGAUAACGCGUUACUGUAAAUGUUUGUGCAGAAGUAGCUAGCUAGCUAACUAGGCCUUUAGCGCUACCUAGUAAUCUAGCUAAUUUAGCUACCUAGUUAGGUAGCUAGCUAACGUUACUAGCUAGAUUACUUCCAGUGUUGCCAUGCAUUAGGUCAUUGACUGGCUAACUAACGUUAACUAGUUAUCUAGAUAAAUAGCUUGUCUGCAUCAGUACUAAGCGGACGUUAACUAACGUUAGCUUGCUAAUGUCAUCCCUUUCUUUGGUAACGCAACCCCUACCUUGUCUUGUACUGUAGGCAGACAUAAAUAUUUUUAAAUCGUAUGAGGCAGAGCCUACUAACCUUACACCCACACCAGAAGUAGCUAGCUAGUUACAAUGAGGUGGCAAACUACCCCCUACAAAUUGUUGUGCGACUAUGUUAAUUUUAGACCCAUUACAUUUAGCUAUGUCAAGCGGCAACCACUCUUAUCAAGGGCUGUGAUUUGGGAAGUAUUCCGUUAAAUUACAGUAUAGUACGUACACUUGUGUAUCCUGUGGCACAGCAUUAAUAGGAAUUGAAGUAGCCCAAAGACCGGCAGAUGGCGAUAUUGAGUUGUGCCAUCUUAGCGUCCAAAUACAUUGAAUGCAGCCGGCAAUACAUUAAAUCCCACGUGGACCUGUUCGUACCUAAAAUAGACUUGAUUCAGGUUGCAUAGGCUUCGAUUUCCCCAACUUUAUUUAAUGGCGGGAAAAUGCGUACUUUUCUUAUGAAACACAAUUUUCCAGCACCAUGCUACAAGUGGCUAAAUGCUAAUACCGGAUGUUGUGUAGCGCGUUCAGCCAAUCAGGUUGAAACUCAGACCAGGGGUUCGGUUUCUUUUAUGCAUGGCUGUUGAGUUGGCAGCAUCGCAUUAGUGGAAACCAAAAUUAUUCUCAGGGCAGACCUGGUUGUAACUGUUCGAGUCGGGGACAAAUUUAGCUAACCCUUUUCCUCACCUUAACCUAAUUCUCCUAACCUGCUCCGUAAGUUUCCCUCACCUGCUACGAAAAGUAACUUCUGCUAGUCCAAACCGACAGACCCACCCAGAGAACAGUCUUGGUUUCCACUAAUACGAUACAGCACUGAGUUAGGUUAGGGGUGAAAAAACUGACUGCUGCAACUUGAUUGGCUGUACGUGUUACAUAACAUCCAGGAUUAUAAUUUAGCUAGGAGGAAAUCAAAGCCUAUGCAGUCUGAAUGGAGAAUCUUUUAGGUAAGAACUGGUCCACGAGGGAUACGAAUGUAUUGCCGGCUGCAUACAAUGCAUUUGGACGGUAAGAUGACAUGACUCAUGCCAUCUGCCAGCCUUUGGGAUAUCAUUUAAGUUGUAAGCAGGGGCAAGGAAACAACAGGUUUGAUUAGUGACAAGAUUGGUGAGGCUUAUAAUGCGGUAACUCGUGAGUUUCCCUAGGUCUUGUCUGACACGUCCUCAAAAGGCAUAGCCUUAUUUCAAUUGUUGCCUCCCCACAGCAGAUCCACAGAGGAGCCUGUUCGCAUUUCACCACUGGUGCAAGACAAUGGAGACAGAAAUCGAGCAGCAGGAAGAAGAGACCACGUUCAGCAACACUGACACUAACGGUAAGACAUGAAGGAUAUUCUGUCAGUGCAUUAUCAGACAUAAUACAACACUGCUUUUCUCUAAUAGUUGAUAUCAGUCUUUACAGAAGGGACUACCGGUAUAGCUGCAUGCUGGCACCAUGUGUGCAUGUCAGAUGGCCAUGGGUUUCUCUUGUCCAAUUCACUGCUGUUUUGGGAGCAGUUCUGCCCAGUUUUGAUCCAGGAAGGGGGGUGGUAGGGGCUGAACACAUGCUGGGUGGAUGCUGUUGCCUGGCUUCUGGCUGGAACAUGUAUAGGACACAGUGUAGCAUCAGGCUAACGCUCCAGGUUUCUCCCUCCAGGUAAACGCCCUGCUGAGGACAUGGACGAGGAGCAGUCCUUUAAGCGCUCUCGCAACACAGACGAGAUGGUUGAGCUGCGGGUACUGCUGCAGAGCAAAGUAAGCCUGUCAACAGAAAUGGGAUUUUAGGCCUAUUCCUUUUUAAUCAGAAAUUCUUAAUUGUUUAUGGCAUUAAAUCAGCAAUGCUAUUUCUUACAUCUAUGUCAUGGAUCAGUGGCCGUUGUUUUCCCUGGUUUUCGGUGUUUUGCUAAUCACAUCCCUCUUCCAUGUCUCAUAUCAUUCAGCAGACUGUCGGACCCAUUAUUCUGUCCCUAAGUAAACCCUCUUGUUCCCCCUCAGAAUGCUGGAGCCGUUAUCGGAAAGGGUGGCAAGAAUAUAAAAGCCUUACGCACAGACGUGAGUAUACGGAGUUGGCAUCAUCAAAUAUUUUCCUUGACCAGGGGAUUUGCUGUAAAGCUAUAAUUCUUUGGGCUUGGAAUUGCUAGGGACCUCAUGAUAUGAUAUCACGAUACUUGGGUGCCAAUACAAUAUUUAUUGUGAUUCUCAUGAUUUUCAUGAUUCUAUGUGUAUUGCGAUUGGUCAGUCAGGGAAAUAAAGUUGCUGGCUUACUAUUUAAAAAGAUGGAGAACAAGCUAUAGGAUGAAAAAUACCAGAGUUUUGUCACAGCAGACUAGCGCUAGCUAACGCUACCUACAGUAGCAAAUAAGUAUGUACAAUGCAUUCAUAAAGUAUUCAGACCCCUUUACCUUUUCCACAUUUUAUGUUACAGCCUUAUUCUAAAAUGGAUUAAAUAGUUUUCCCCUCAUCUACACAUAAUACCCCCAUAAUGACAAAGCAAAAACAGGUUUUUAGACCUUUUUGCAAAUGUAUAAAAAUGAAAACUGAAAUCACAUUUAUGUAAGUAUUUAGACCCUUUACUCAGUACUUUUAGCAGCAAUUACAGCCUCGAGCCUGUUGGGUAUGACGCUACAAGCUUGGCACCCCUGUAUUUGGGGAGUUUCUCCCAUUCUUCUCUACAGAUCCUCUCAAGCUCUGUCAGGUUGGAUGGGGAGCGUCGCUGCACAGCUAUUUUCAGGUCUCCAGAGAUGUUCGAUCAGGUUCAAGUCCGGACUCUGGCUGGGCCACUCAAGGACAUUCAGAGACUCGUUCCGAAGCCACUCCUGCGUUGUCUUGGCUGUGUGCUUAGGGUCGUUGUCCAAUUGGAAGGUGAACGUUCGCCCCUGUCUGAGCGCUCUGGAGCAGGUUUUCAUCAAGGAUCUCUCUGUACAUGUCUCUGUUCAUCUUUCCCUCGAUCCUGACUAGUCUCCCAGUCCCUGCCGCUGAAAAAAAAUCCCAACAGCAUGAUGCUGCCACCCCCAUGCUUCACCGUAGGGAUAGUGCCAGGUUUCCUCCAGAUGUGACGCUUGGCAUUCAGGCCAAAGAGUUCAAUCUUGGAUUCAUCAGACCUGAGAAUCUUGUUUCUCAUGGUCUGAGCGUCUUUUGGCAAACUCGAAGCGGGCUGUCAUGUGCCUUUUACUGAGGAGUGGCUUUUGUCUGGCCACUCUACCAUAAAGGCCUGAUUGGUGGAGUGCUGCAGAGAUGGUUGUCCUUCUGGAAGGUUCUCCCAUCUCAACAGAGGAGCUCUGUCAGUGAUCAUCGGGGUCUUGGUCUCCUCCCUGACCAAGGCCCUUCUCCCCCGAUUGCUCAGUUUGUCUACGGACAAUUCCUUCGACCUCAUGGCUUGGUUUUUACUCUGACAUGCACUGUCAACUGUGGGACCUUUAUAAAGACAGGUGUGUGCCUUUCCAAAUCAUGUCCAAUCAAUUACAUUUACCACAGGUGGACUCCAAGUUGUAGAAACAUCUCAAGGAUGAUCAAUGGAAACAGGAUGCACCUGAGCUCAAUUUCGAGUGUCAUAGCAAAGGGUCUGAAUACUUAUGUAAUUAAGAUUUGUUUUAUUUUUAAUCCAUUUGCAAACAUUUCUAAACCUGUUUUUGCAUUGUCAUUAUGGGGUAUUGUGUGUAGAUUGAGGAAAACAUAUUUAAUCAAUUUUAGAAUAAGGCUGUAACGUAACAAUGUGGAAAAAGUCAAAGGGUUUGAAUACUUUACGAAUGCACUGUAUGUGUCUAGAUAUAUCGUCCAAAAAUAUAGCGAUAUGUAACUUUUUUCUUUUUCUUUCUCCCCAUCACUAAUAAUUGUCCUUGUAAACCCAACAUUUUCCUAGACAUUAUGGUAUCCAACAACCCAAUUCCUAAUGACAACCCUAACAAGCACUAUUAAACAAACGUGAUCCCUGUAUUAAAUGGUUUUCCUCUAAUAUAGGUAAUCUCCCAUGUAUAGACUCUGACUGUUAUUGUUUGACUUGAUUGGGCAAAUGGUGCAUGUCUGAACACUUGGAGAGACAACUGCAUUUUUUUUUUUGUUAUAUACAGUGGUCAGAUUAUCGCUUUCCCAAAUGACACAUCUAUAGGUUGGCUCAUGUGGACAGACAUGGUUUGGCUUGAUUGAACUAGAUUUGGGGUCGAGGGUGGGUGGGGCAUUCUCAUGGUUCAGAUAAAAGGAAACCUUUCUCUCUACUGAACUCUGAACUUGAUUUCUAAUGCCCCUUACAGCCCUGAAACUAUACCGGACUGUGGCGAUGUCCCUUCAACAGGUGUCUCAAAGCCUGAGCGGACCUAUAGUCUGUUUCAACCUCUAGCCAUGCAGUCCAUUUAGCUAAUAGUGUGUUUGUUAGCGCGGUCUCAGUCUAGCCGCCGUUGUUCUUGUGCACUUACUAUAUAAUAUAUUAUUUUAAAGCAGUAUAGUGAUGGAGUAUAGCGUGUAUUCAAUUAAAAUGUAUUCCUUCUCCCCCUCUUCCCUCUCCUUUACUUUGUUAUUUUUGGCCACCUUCCUCCGUUGCCCAUGUACUGGAUCGACAUGCCCCUCCUGCGUUGCCCACCUUGACGUUGGCCCAACCUCCGCCCCUGAACGCCCGCCCACCUGACACCCCGGUUGGCCCCGCCCCGCCCCGCCGCCCGCCCACAAACGUGCCCCUCCCUAAACGGGCACCUUACUUGACAUCAUGUGAUUGAAUGCCCUUGCCCAAUGCCAACCUCCACGGCCAAUGCAGUACAAUGCCAGUGUAUCUGUCCCUGACAGCAGUGGCCCAGAGCGGUAUGUCCCACCAGUUAUUGCCUGAUUAGAACAGAGAAACGUGUCUUUGAUAACCUGCCUUCUGUUUCAUUUUAACAUUUUUUACAUAUAGAACCCCUCCCCCUCCCCUUUUAUCAGGAGACGUGUAUUGUUCCAUUGAAUUUUUCUGUCUUCUCCCCUCUCUCCCUCACAUUUAGGUAUUUCCAUUUAAUUUGGACCUUUUUUGUCACUAUAAAUGAAGUAAUUUGUCCUGUACAGAGGGAGAAAAAUAAAAAAUCCUCCACUUUCAGUAGUUCAUAUUGAAGGGGAGGAGACCAGCUGUUGGAUGUUUCCUUGCUGUGAUAUUUUUAGUCGUGAACUGUGUAAAGGAAAGCCAAUGAUAUUUCUCGCUCUGUCCUUCUGGCCCACCUUGCUCCCCCCUCCCCCCCUGCGCCCCUCCCCCACCCCACUGUUCUCAACAUCACUGUUCAUGAUCUGAGCGCUCAAGCUCCGCCCACUCUGUCACUCAUCACUGUCGUCUCUUUUUUUUUUAAUCCUUGUGCUGCAUCUCCCCCUGUUUGGUUUCUCUCAGGCACCCCAUCAGUCCAGACUGCCUGCCAAACCUCUCAUUCCCCCCUCGCUCCUGUCCGCCACCUAGUGGUUACCACUCGCAUCCCCCCCCCCCCACCCCCCUGCUUUCUUUAUUUGUUUCUUUCUACCCCCGACCCCCAAACCCCUGUCACUAUGAGAAGGUGUGCCGGUGGCACGAUUGUGAUGGCGAGUUUAUUUAUCUUUUUUAAUUGCUGCUGGUGAUGGUUAAAAGAAGUCUUCUCUCUCCCCUCUGACUGUGGCCAGCCUUGUGCCUCACAUUGUAAUCUAAAGCCCUUCCAAACCUGCCCCAUUCCAAUCUUUCUGUCUUUCUUUGUUGAAUGUGAGAUAAGCGAGUGCAUGUCAAGUUGCUCGUAUUUCAGUCCAGUGUUGGGAAAGCCAAAAGAUGUACAGUAUACAGCAGUCCUCUUCUUCCUUUGCUUUGUUUUUUAACUCUUUGUGUGUACUUCACGUCAGGGUUAGUCUUAAAGUACGUUAUUUUAUUUUUUUCUGUCCUCCCUCUGUUUUGCCUCGUUACCUUUGGCCACAUGCCAUUUCCUACCAGGAUCCUGAGUGUGAGUGCAGAUAUUGACACUAUCGGAGAGAUUCUGCUGAAGAUCAUCCCUACUCUAGAAGAGGUGAGUCCCCCGCGGCCUCUAUAGAUAUACAAGUACAUGUGUAGGUUUGUAUUUUUCCAGAUCCUCAGUCGAGAGUUAAAGGCCGUAUUUGACCUGACUGAUCUGUACCUGUUUUUUUUUUUUUUUUCCUAGUACCAGCAUUAUAACGGGAUUGAUUUUGACUGCGAGCUGCGUUUGCUGAUCCAUCAGAGUUUGGCCGGGGGCAUCAUUGGGGUGAAAGGUGCCAAGAUAAAGGAGUUAAGAGAGGUAAGAUGGGAUCCGGUUGUCUGUCAUGUGUACGCCACUGGUUUCAAAAAGCUGACUUGACUCAGUCCAUACUCAUGUUUGAAGAUAAGCUGAAAUACAGAGUGCAUGUGCUUGAUCUGUCCUUAAUAGUUGUCUUUGUUGCCCACUUGUCCUUAGAUGGCUAUGGGGAGUGUAUUGAAGAUAUGAUUUAAUGCUCAAAGCUGAAGAAGGGUCUAACCCAUUUUGAACAUUUGGCAUUGUGCGGAGUCUUCCUGUGUUGUGGGUGUAUUUCAUGCUGAGCUUCCUCUGUCUCCACCAGAACACCCAGACCACCAUCAAGCUGUUCCAGGAGUGCUGUCCUCAGUCCACUGACCGUGUGGUUCUGGUUGGAGGGAAGCCAGACCGUGUUGUUGAAUGCAUCAAAGUUAUCCUGGACUUGGUAUCUGAGGUGGGUGAGAGUUCAGUUCUGAGCCGGUGACCACGACACACUUCCCCAUCACCAGUGUCUAAACAUGGAAACUCCCUGAAAGUCAGUCACUUAAACUAGAAUUGUACCCAUUUAACAGCAGACACUGGUUUUUUUGUUUUACAUAUUCCAUUUACAACAGUUGUGGACAUUAGUCAUUUCAGAGCUACAUUUCUUCACAGGGCUACAUGUAUCAUAGUAUUAUCCAUCUUUCUGUAGGCUCCUAUCAAAGGGCGCGCCCAGCCCUAUGACCCCAACUUCUACGACGAGACGUACGACUACGGCGGCUUCACCAUGAUUUACGAGGAGCGGGGCCGGCGGCCCAUGGGAGGCUUCCCCAUGCGGGGCAGGGGGGGCUUUGAGCGCAUGCCCCCCGGCCGCGGGGGCCGACCUAUGCCCCCCUCCAGGCGGGACUAUGACGACAUAAGUCCUCGUCGGGGACCGCCCCCUCCCCUGCCAGGCAGAGGGCGUGGAGGGAGCCGGGCUCGUAACCUGCCCCUCCCCCCACCACCACCCCCAAGAGGAGGGUAAGGAGCUUUCCUUCCUUUUUGUUCUUUCAUUGACUUGUUUGUUUAUGGCUACCUCUUUUAUCACAUUCAGUCACUCAGUGAUUUGUAAAAAAAAAAUCAAACCGUGUACCUUCCCUGUGCCGACGUGACACAACUUCCCCACUACUAUUAGCCAUAUACAUAAUCUCAGGGAUUUCACCUAUGUUAACGCGAUCAUAUGGACCCAAGUCAUACUGUUAGACUAAUCCUUAAAGUAAUCUUUUAUGACAGUUCCACUGAGUCAUGUUGACCAUGUUGUGUGUUUGCAGAGGGGACCGGUUCUCCCACCAGAGUUAUCACGGCAACAUGGACGACAGACCAAAGUAAGUAAUUUGUAUAAAAGGUAGCACCUGCAGAGUGGUUAGGGUGAAACUUCUCCAAAUCAGCAUAGUCAUUUGGAGAAUUGAUCUCUCGGCUGUGGAGUUGAAAAUCUUGGGUUUACUCUUCUGUUGAUUUAAUGGUCGUCAGUACGGUUUUAACCGUGGCACAGUAGUUAUUUUGUCAACAUGACCUCUUAUCCUAUAAGUAGAUGACUAUAUGAACACUAAGUCUGUAUCGGUGUCCACUUAUCAAUACUGAUUCCAAAACAAGUUGUUUAUGGUCUGUUGAAGCGGUGUGGCUCUUCACACUCUCGGGUGGCUAAACGACAAGCCAAGAAGGACUUGUCACACUUGUGUUGUAUAGACUUGUCAGCCCAUUGGUUUGGGGCACACACUAUCUGUCCACCAAAGGUGGUAAACUGAACCCUCCAUCUCAUGCCAUGUUAACCCUGACAACCUCCCCUCUUAUCUAAGCAGUGACAGGAGAGGAAGACCAGGAGACCGCUACAACAGCAUGGUGAGUGACCUCAGCAUUUAUGUGUUUUAGAUAAGGGUUUAGCAUGGUAGCGCGAGUUAGUCUGUCUAUUGCCUGUUAUAAUAGUAGGCAAGUCGACAGUUUGGAUUGUUAUAAUUACUGUACUUGUGGAAAUGGAUUGGUAUUGUUUUCCUGUUCUAGUGAAAGCACGGUGGUUUGGACACUGGCGCUGCUCAGAACUGAGCGAGCGCACUAGUUAGGCCUCUUGUUGCCUGGCAACAGUUGUCUCCUUGGUUACCAAGGAGCAGCGGAAUACAUAGUCUGGAGCCACUAAACUAACACAUGAACUUGAGGCGAAACAAAGCGAAUUCCGGACAGGGUUGUACCAAUGUACAUAGUCAAAAAUAAAAAGGGCAGCUCAGAUUCAUAUGAAGAAAUGAUGGUGCUCAAUGUUAACUGUAAACCAGUAUUGACUUGAUGUAGGUUUCAGUGUUGUAAUACGUUUCUCAUUUUGUCUUUCUCGCUUCCCCAUGUCCUGCUGAAUACAGAGUGGUGGAUAUGGUGGUGAGUCUCCACAGUUUCACAGUUACUUUUGGUCAUGGUAGUCUCUACACUGUUUGAAUGUCUCUUAGGUCGGGGUAAAGACCUUUCUGUCCAGUAAGCACCACCAGCUCUCCCCCUGUCCUUUGUCACCCUGUUGGUCUAUGUAGUCUGUCAGCCACAAUGUGACGUAUUGUUGUUCUUUUCCUCCCUUCAUCUUUUCGAAGAUAACAAUUCCUCGUGGGAGCCCUUUCAGUCUGGUGAGUGCAAAUGGAUCACAUUUGUAUCAUGUCUCAUUUUGUUGCUUCUGUAUUUUGUUUUUGUCGUUUUUAUAAAGGGAUGACUUUCCCCACAACCGAGGAUAAAUUCUAAAUGAUAUCUCUUGGUCUCUCCAGGUGGCCGAGGGUCAUACAGUGACAUCGGGGGUCCCGUCAUCACAACACAAGUAACCAUCCCCAAAGAUGUGAGUAAAGGAUUAAAUAGCAGUCCCAAAACAGAGUUGAGAUUUCUGAUUGAUCAGAAAGUUCCCACAUCAGCAUCUAUUCAUACGUCAUUGAAAUUGCCCUACUCCCCCAAAACCAUGUGCCCCCUUUACCUGGUUGUCAUUGUGCCGAUCACAUUAUUGGGGAAAAGUAACCCUGGCUCCUCACUUGUCGUAGCUGGCCGGCUCCAUCAUCGGGAAGGGCGGCCAGCGGAUCAAGCAGAUCCGUCACGAGUCGGGAGCGUCCAUCAAGAUUGACGAGCCACUAGAGGGCUCCGAGGACCGCAUCAUCACCAUCAAUGGAACACAGGACCAGAUUCAGAACGCCCAGUAUCUACUGCAGAACAGGCACGUGCUAGCACCCUUUCCUCUUCUCCGGUGAAAGCAGUAUGGUGGAAACCUAUUCAACCCGUCACCUAUCAGUGGUAAUCAAGGAAAAAAAGAGUCUUGAAAUGAAUGACUAACUGAAAUGAAAUUUAACAUAAUGGAGUUCUAGAAAUGAUUCCUGGGGUUCCUUUAUUCACUUUUCCACCGUGUUUUGUGUUACAGUGUGAAGCAGUACUCUGGUCGGUUCUUC